AUGAUGGCGCUGCAUCUGAAGAACAGAGAUGCAGCGUACUACCAAAGUGCAGAGUACUGCAGAAAUUACACUUCGCCGCCUGUCAGCUACAGUGACAGCAGCCAUUAUCUUGCCCGCUUACCAGGCCCGGAGACCAUGUUGAAGCCUCCUCUGAGUCUCUUCAGCCAUCCCCAGCAGCCCUUCCAGCACAUGGACUCUCUGCACCAGCUGGGACCUCCGCCAAUGGCGCCUACACAGCCCCUUGGCCCUCCACCUAUGGCCCCUGCUCAGGCAAUUGCACCCCCAACUAUGGGUCAUACCCAAUCUAUAGGGCCCCCUCCCAUCACCGCCACCCACACCUUAGGCCCUCCACCCAUCACUCCGGCACACAGCUUAGGCCCACAUCCAAUGGCUCCUGUUCAGCCUCUGGGGCCUCCACCUAUGGCUCACACCUUGGGACCCCCACCUAUUGACCCCACACAAGCACUGGGGCCCCCAACCAUGGACCUCACGCAAUCCUUGGGACCUCCACCUCUGACCCCUGCACAAGCACUUGCGCCCCCACCCGUAGUGGCCCCUGGUCCCAACCGAUUCCCCCUCCCUCCCAGCCCACUAUCCUCCCCUCCCGCUCCGGCCCCAGACCCCUCGCAGCUGCCCCCGAGGCACUCCAGACCGGCCCUCAUCCCAGCCCCGAUUUCCGGUCCCAUCCCUGGUCCCCUCCCCGGUCCCCUCCCAGCUCAGGCGGCCCCGGCCAGCGAGCAGCAGCUGGACGAGGGCUCCCUGCUGGGCCUGGAGGAGCAGGACGGCUCUCUGGGGCUGGAGGAGCUAUGCAAACCACUCUACUGUAAACUCUGCAAUGUUACCCUCAACUCUGCUCAGCAGGCUCAGGCUCACUACCAGGGGAAGAACCACAGUAAGAAGUUGAGAAAUUUCUACGCCGGCAGUCAGCAGCCACCAGCCAUCAGGAUCCCAGAGGUCGCAGAAGUCGGCCAGACGGCCCUCAGCUCAGGACCCAAAGACAGCGACACAGGCAGACAGGCGCUGUACAAGGGGGCUACCCGGGUGAUUCUGGCCACAGAGAAUGACUACUGCAAGCUGUGUGACGCCUCCUUCAGUUCACCAGCAGUGGCGCAGGCCCACUACCAGGGCAAGAACCACGCCAAGAAGCUUCGUCUCGCCGAGGCUCAGCACAACAAUAACACCAUGGAGAGCAGUGAGGCAGCACCGCGAAGAAACAGGAAGGACGGCAGCGAGUACAGACUGGUGAAGAACCGCCGCAGCCCACAGCUACCUGCGUCCAUGCCAGGGCCCUACUAUAACCCCAGACCGAGGCAGCGUAUACCAAGGGACUUAGCCAUGUGUGUGACGCCCAGCGGACAGUUCUACUGCUCCAUGUGCAACUGUGGAGCAGAGCAGGAGUCGGACUUCAGACUGCACCUGGAGAGCAAGCAGCACAAAGCUAAAGUGUCGGAGUUGAGAUACCGCAACGAGAUGGAGAACCUGGGCUACAGCUAAGAGACGUGAGAGGGGAGGGGGAGGAGAGGAGGAGGAGGAGAGGAGGAGGAGGAGUGGGAGAGGAAGUAAGAAAGCAAAGAGUGGAGAGCACAACAGCACAAGGCCAAAAGCACUGGCAUGCAGAUGCUGCCCUGUGAUGGAGAGGUAUAUUUAGAGAGAGGAGACAGAUGGGAGGAGAGCAGCCUGAAUGGCCUCAGGAUGUUGUUGCAAUUCAUUUGAUGCGCAGGCCAAACAUGCAAAACCUAAUAUCUGCCAUAACGUUGCACCAUAUGAGGCUAUUUAUUAGGUUUAUGGGAUCGUUUGAUCUGCAUGUUACUCUUAUUAUGAAAUUUGGACUGUAGAAGCUGCACUGGCCACCGUAUGGACGCAGAGAGCACGGGCUAUGCAGCAGAAUGAAUGGUGGGCUUUGACAUGUGUUUUACCCAUUUCCGAGACAUUCGAGUAGAUUUUUAUGACAAAAACAAACUUUGGUAUGUUUAUUUUUACAGAUAUCUACAUCCUCAUGAUAGAAUAGAAUCAGAUCUUGACUUUAUCAUAAACAGCUGAAGCCAAGAUCUCCUCCAAAGUUUUAAACGGGUUGCAAUCUGAAGUAAAUGCAAAUGAAUUGCAGCAACAUUUAGUGCUUGAGAGCAAAGAGAUGAAAGGAGGGUUGCGGUAUCUUUAUCCCUAAGAUACAGAAAUCAGCUGGAGCGCUAGGCGAGGAGGUGAAACUUGUGAGAUCCAUGAGUGAGGCAAGAAGGAGAGAAGGAGCACACGAGGAAUAACAGUUACUCUACCAGUCAGUCUAGUCUGGGCUGAAUAACGGAGCGAGAACAGGAGGAAACCGAGGGACAGGAAGGAGGAGAGGAAUCGGUAGCAGGAGUAGAAAGGAGGAAAAAUAGCAAAAUGAAGGAAGCAUGGAGAAAAAAACAUUGCAGGUUAGUUUGAAAUGUCUUUCCCCCGACACAGAACAAUCUUCCUCCUCUCCUGAAAGUGAUCUGUGGGUGAGAAGGUUUUGCAGGUGUUGUACAGGCCCCACAGCAGGGAGGGAAGGGCCACUUUUUUUUUACCACACAGCCAAGCGGGCUGCAACAGGGCCAGCACUGAUUCAUCAUAUUCAUAACGUGACACAGUCCAAUGAAAUUGAAACCACUAUGUGUCUCUCUGAGUGGAAAGCACAACCAGCGUGUCAUCCGGUUGAAAUGGAGUCCCAUGAAUAAUCAGGAAGCCUUAGCCAGCCCUGAUUGGCCCUGGGGUGGAAGCCAGACAAGCGAGUGGCUUUUUUGUACAAAAAUCUCCGUCAUCCCUCCGUCAUUUUUUCCACAUUUAAAUUCUACAUAAAUACUAUGUAAAUAUACUCAAACACAUACAUGUACAUACAGUAUGAUUAUAUGCUAUUGAUUCUGUACUUAAUGUUAGCCUAUCUUGUAAAUAUGAAUCAUUUAUUUAAUAUUUUAUCAGGUAUCUUGUAUAAGGUGUGCACUGACUGAAUGUCAGGACUGUAUGUUUGUGCGUGGAUUUUACCGUACACCUCCCGUAUCUAUUUGGUCUUUUUUUUUUUUGUUUGUUUGUUUGUUUAUUGCUAAGCUAAUUUUGGUGGAGAGAAGAUGCAGUUUGAAGUUUGACCCAUCACUUUGACGGAUGCGUUUUGGUGCUUAAGGACGAUGGUGUCGUUUUUAUCCACAUAAGAGUAUAUCUGAACCGCUGUCCUGCAAGCCGAGCCCCGCUGGAAGCUCGUGUUGGACGUCCAUGGUGAUGCGUGCAGCUGAAAGUAUUUAAGCUUUAAAUUAGAUUGUAAAUGAAAAUGUGCAGAGCCUAAUUUGUAAUCGCAACACAUAUCAUUUAAUUCUCCCGAAUGAUCUUGAUUUCCAAAAGGAGAUAACCAGGUUCUGCCGUAGUGUGAAAAAACUACAGCAGAGUGACAACGCUGCUGUCAGGAUUUACAAGCAAAUCUGAUUUUUUUUUUUUCUUGUUUUUAACCCUGCGAGACCCAGGUUUGGCUGUUCCACAGUGUUGAGCCUGCCAU